CUGCACUCAUAAGAGUUGAUGCAGCAAGGCAAGGCGUGCCGUACUGAGUCGUAGGCUACAUGUGUUAACGGGGAGGGUGUUUUUCUAAAAUAGUUUACAAGAGGGCCGGACUGCACCAUUUGAAAGCCACAGCGUCAGAGCUAUCAUACCCAACAGCUUUUGCUGCUGUUUUCAUUUUUGGCUAUAUUCUGUGUCAUUGACGUCGGCAUCAACUCACACAGGACAGGAGCGAGAUCCGCUAUAGUUUUGAUCAUGGGUGCGACUGAAUCUACGCGGCCGGAGGGUAGCAGCAAGAGCGAGGACGGGGAUACUGUGGCGAAUGAGGAAAGUGCGAACUAUGUCCAGGAUGGCGAGAGUAUUGAUGCGAAGUUACUCCAAAAGAAUGGACAGAUCUCCGGACUGAGUGAAAAAGCAGAGGACAAGACUGAGGAGGUCAAUGUCCUGUGUGAUGACGGAGUCGUUGCAGAGGUUGGUGAGACAAAUUCAUCUAUCGUUUCUCAGAAAGAGGACAUUCCGGAGAUGAUAGAGACUCUCACAGAGGAGGUACCUCCUCUGGAAAACACAGACAGUGAUGGCAAGGAAUCACCGGAUGUAGACGACGAAGAAUCAACAAAUGAGACUGAAACAGAAGUUAAAUUGAAUGAAGUCAAUGAUAGUUUUAAAAAGUUCUUCAGUUCAAUUGGUUUAAAAUUCACAUUGAAAAAAGACUCUGACACAAUACCAGAAGUGAGCCCUAAGAAAGAAGAGGGCGAAGCACGUACUCCCGAAGACAGCAAGGAUACAGAGGAGGCCACUAUAGAUAAUGCUGAGGAGAAUACUGGGCAGAGCACACCUGAGGAUCUGACUGAUGAUACGAUAAAAGAAUGUGUUGGCCAUACACCAGAGCUUGUAGAUGAUACACUAGAAGCAAAUAUUGACGAAGCACCGAACAACGUUGUUGCUGAUUCACCAGUGGAACCGGCUGAUGAUUCUACCUCUCACCCUACGAUGACGGACCUCACAUUUGAAGAGUUCCAUAAUGAAACCACCAAGGAACAGACCACUGAAAUGAUAGAAUCAAAGGAGGAAAUCGGACCUGAAGAAGUGGCACAGGCAGAGGGAGAGGCCCCACCCACACCCAUUCCUAUAGUUGAGGAAAUGUCUCCAUUUAAACGUUUUUUCCUGACAGGAAAAAUACACAAGCAGGUCAAGCAACCCAUGAAACAACCCAAGGAGGAACCUAAGGAGGAACCUAAGGAGGAACCUAAGGAGGAACCUAAGGAGGAACCUAAGGAGGAAGUCAUGGAAGAAGUCAAGGAAGAACCCAAGACACAACCCAAGGAAGAAGUCAAUGAGGAACCCAAGGACGAAGUCAAGGAGGAAGUCAUCCCUACUGAAGAGACAGACACACCAGCACCAACCAUUCCGGAUGUUGAAGAAGAAAUUAUAUCCCCAAUUAAGAAGUUUUUCACUACGGGAAUCUUCGCAGGUUUAAAGAAAAAUAAAAAACAUUUAGGAGAGGAAACGCCCAAAGAUGAAACUGUUGAGAAAGAACACGAACCGCAAAGCAUUGACAAAAAGGAGUAUGUAAAUACACCAGAGGAAGCUGGUCUUGAGCAAGAACAAACAAAAGACGAGAUCAGUCCAGAUGUUGAGACAAUACCGGUCAUUGAGGGGAAACAAAAUGAGAAUGAAGUUCAAGAGACAGGAACAGAUUCCCUGAUGGCUGAGACAUCCAAUGUCCCUGAACUGAUGAUGAGUAAUGUCCCUAAAACUAGUGACAACAGAGAGGAUGUUCUUGAAGAGCAGCCAGCUGCUGAGGAAGUACAGACAAUUAUCUCAAAUAGAGCUGAACUUCUUAGCUUUCAAGAGGAAGCUAAAAGUCAAGUAAGUUCAGUCCAGGAUAUUCUUGAAGAGCAAUCUCCUUCUUUGGGAUUUGUAACAGUUUUAACAAAUGAAGCUGAAACAAAUGAAGACAAACUUAGCUCUCAAGAGAAAGCUACAAGCCAGGAAAGUCUUGAAGGACAGUUUAAUUCAUGGGGAUUCGUCACAGUCACAGAACAUGUUCCUGAAGAGGAGCCAGCACCUGAGGUAUUACUGACAGUUACCUCAAAUGAAGCUGAAACAAAUGAAGCCAAACAUCUUGACUCGCAAGAGAAAGCUAAAAGCCAAGGAAGUCCCAUCCAAGAAGAGCAGUCCCCUUCUUUGGGAUUCCACACAGUUAUCUCAAAUGAAGCUGAACUUCUUAGCUCACAAGAGAAAGCGAAAAACCAAGGAAGUCCACUCAGGAAGCUCUUAUAUGGGGCUGGUUUGAAGAAGCUUUCUAGGAAGCGGAGAGGCAAGAAAUCAGAUGAGUUGACCAGGUCUGGUGAGCAUGUUACUGAGGAUUUACUGUCAUCCACAGAGUCAGAGGAGUACCAGAGAGGAGAACAACAUCCUGCCUCUUCAACAGAAGAAUUAGCAGCAGAGCAGGUCAAAAUGUCUGCUCUGUUAGGGUCAAGCCACGAAUCAGAUAGUGAUGUAACCUCUGACGGUGAAAGGAAAAAGGAUGGCACCUGGACUUCUUUCAAAAAGCUAAUGACGCCCACAAGAUGUCCCAAAAGAUCUUCUGAGAGUGAGGAUGAGUUAGCACAUGAGGAGCCAAAACAAAGUGAAGGAGAGCAGGUACUAGAACGUUUCACAGAAGAGACCAAAAAGAAAGUAGAAAUAUCUGUUUCUUGGGAGGCCCUCCUAUGUGGAUCUGCAAAGAGGAGGGGAAGAAAAACAUCUGACUCAGAGGAGGAAGCACCCAUGAAUGAAGGUGAAACACUAAGUGAACCUGGAAACACUGCAGAGUCUCCACUGGACAGUUCUCAGGAGGGAGGCUAUGAACAUUUGACCUCUUCCCCUGAAGAGGCUGUAAGUCCCUUAGGGAGUGAAGGGGGAUCAACAUGGAAAUCCCUUAAAAAGCUGGUCACCUCAAAUAGGAAGGCAAGAACCGAGGAGGCCAGCAAAGUUAGCUCACCAGAGCAGGUGGCAUCUGACAGCGAAAUCACCAAAGAGGAGUCUUCAUUUUCUCUAAAGAAACUCAUCCCUGGACGCAAAAAGCAAAAGCAUGGAGGAAAGCAGGAACCAAUAUCUUCUGACGAGGCAGAUAAAGGUGUUGGAUCGGAUGAUGAGGAGGACUCUGAAACACCAGCAGUGGUCCCCAUGUCCGAGUUUGAUGCAGAAGACCUAGGAGAGAAACACAGAAUAUUAACUGAGGCUGUUAUAGAAACUCCAUUACACAUUACAGAAGAAAUAACCCAGCCAGAUGUCUCUAGGCUGGUCACCGAAUCGGCCAUACCCAAAGACACCCUGCCCACUGAAGCAGAGAAGGCUCAAGCCAAAGAUACUGUGGAGCAGUUGGCCCCAUCAACAUCCCCCACUGCUACAAAAGACUUUGAGGACCUUACGGAAUUCAUAAGUAAACAUCAGCAACUCAGUGAUAUACCCGAGGAAGGCGUAAUAGAGGAGACCAUUGCCACACAAGUAUCCACUGCUGAAGAAGCCACUCGAGACGAUACCAUAGCCGAGGACCUAAUCGAGUUGACAUCUGAAGCAGUCACUGCCCCAGAACCUCUCGAUGAUGAAUCAACAGAAAUGGUUUCAGCAGUGUCACAGCUGACAGAGGAGUCUCCCAAAACAUCAGGCAACACAACGCCUGUGCCUGCAGAAUACGAGUUGAAAGACACAGAGGUACUUCUGCAUGAGGCUGUUGAAACCAUUAACAGAACCCCAACUCUCUCAUCGGUAAUUACAAAAGACCCGCACUUGGAAGCAGUUACCGUUUCAGUUUCUCCACAAAUAUUACAGACACCAAAAGAGACAGAAGCAACAGUUUUGACAGCUCAUGAAAAAUCAGACGCAGUUACAAUCUGCACAGGUGAAGAGUCGCAACAAAUAGAAGCUGUCGAUGAAAGCCCAGUGACUCAUGUGGUGGAGUGUCCAUUAGAAGUCAGAAAGGUAGUACCCAUAGAGUUGGCACCUGAGGAAACUGAAGAGUCUGGUGCUGCAAGAAUCACUACAGAUGAGGUACACAAAGCUGAAGAUGAAUCAAUUCCAAUCAUGCAUGUAGAAAUUGAAAAGGACCAACAAAUAGAAUUGGUAAACGAGUUAGAAGAGGUAAGACCAGUACUUGUAGCCACUGUUAAUUCAGAAGAGGGUGUAGCUCAGGUUGAAGGAAAGGCCAUAGCAGAAGACACUCCACAGCCUGAUACAGAGCGCCUGGAAGUGUCGGUUACAGACAAACUUGUUUUCACACAGACUCUCACGGAGGUCACACUUAAAGAAGAAAAAGAGGAAUUCAUGAAUGUUUCGGAGGAUUCUGCAGACAUGGAAAAUGCACCAGUUGCAGAAACAAUCACAUGUGAUGUUCAAGAUGUCGCUACUGCAAUGGCCGACGUUCUGAAGUUAGAAUCAUCAAAUGUUUUGGAAUCUUUGAUUGGCAUAGUGGCACCUGAUGUAGAAUCCCCAGAGAAAAUGGAUUGUGUGGGUGCUCUAAGCCCACUUGUAGACUCUUCUAUGGUUCAGACACUAAAGAAAGGGGUCAUGGUUGUGAGGAAGAAUGUGCCAUCAGCACAGUUUGUUGAUGGUCUUGAGAUCCGAGUACAAGUGACUGAUGCAGAGAUAAAGUCAGCUGAAGAAACUAUUGAAACAGUGCUUGAAGUUAGCUCAACUGAUGUCAACGAUCACGAGACUCUAGUACAACAGGUGAGCACUGAGAUUGAAUCAGCUGAAGCAAAUGUUGAUGCAGUUUUUGAGGUAGUCUCAACUGAUGUCAAUCAUCACGAGACUCUAGUACAACAGGUGAACACCGAGAUUGAAUCAGCUGAAGCACAUGUUGAGACAACCCUUGAGUUGGGCUCAACUGAUGAUCACGAGAUCACAGUACAAGUGGCGGAAGCAGAGAUAAAGUCUGCUCAAGUAAUUAUUGAGAAUGUGCUUGAAGUUGGCUUAACUGAUGUCACUUAUCAUGAGAUCAAAGUACAAGAGAUGGAUGUAGUGAUUGAAUCAGCUGAAGCAAUUGUUGAUGCAGUUUUUGUGGUCUUAACUGAUGUCAAGGGUCAUGAGAUCCAAGUGCAAGUGACGGAUGCAAAUGCUGAGAUUGGGUCAGCUGAAGCGAUUCUGGAGACAGCACUUGAAGCAGUUUCUUCGAUCGAUGUUAUGGAAGUCAUAGACAUUUGUGACAAAAUGGAGGACAAAGGAGAGGGUGAGAAUGCCAAUGAGAAUAUUAGAGAGGCCAUGUUUGAAGAGGAAAGCAGUAUUAUAACUCAAGAAAUACUCCAACAUGUACAGCAGAACUUCUCAGAAGCUGACUCCAAUGUUGUACCACAAUCAAGUGAAAAGGCUGAAAUUGAAUUAACGAGUGAAGCCAAAGUUUCUAAAUCACCAGAGGGUAUACCAGUGGUUACAGAUGCUCAAGGAUGUACAGGUGUAGCUGCACAGGUGCAAAAUAAAAUUAACUUAUUUGAAAACUACGUAGAACUUAAUACUCAGGGAAAUGCGCACAAACCUUCAGACAAAGAAACUGAGCCCUCAAUUUCUCUCAAAGUUGAUACAGUAUGUGAGGAUAGAACAACUCCCGAGACAUUUGCAGAGUCUACAUUCGAGGUUGACAAAGUACCAGAUGACAUAGUUCCCAAUACAUUUGUAGAGUCGUGUUUGCAGUCAAAUAUGCAAGAAGUUUAUGCAACGGAGGCUGAAUUUAUUAUUGCAUCCGAAGUAGAUUCAGACUCUACCAGUGGGCAUGAGAAAGAACUGGUUGGAAUGGUAGUACAAUCAGCAAAGGAAUCAGUUGAAUCAUUUGAAAAGAGAUUAUCUAUUGAAUCCCAUGUCCAUAUCCAUCUUCACAUUGAACCCAGAGACGCUGGAGUGGUGUCUGCGGGAUUGGAUUCACCACCACUUGCUAUUUGGCCACCUCCAAGUACUAGUGCAGUGAACACUGAUAGCUGUCUGAAAGAAUCAAUAGAAAUUGCAAGUACUACUGCAACAAGUGCUGUGAAUACAGACUGUGUUCCAACAGAAUCAAUGGAAAGUACUCAACUUUGUGAAGUCAGUCAAAUUGAGCAAACAGAUGACACUGCACCUCCAGUGCCACUGCAUACCCCUCCAGUGCCACUGCAUACAACUCCAGCAUCACUGCAUACGACUCCAGCACCACUGCAUAUCCCUCCAGCACCACUGCUUGCGACUCCAGCACCACUGCAUACCCGAACUGAACGAGUGGUGUGCACCCCAAACCCUGAAGCAGAACCGGUAAUGAUGAAUGCAGAAGAGUCUAUCCUACACACAGAGGACGAGAAUGACCAAGAAGUGUGGCUGGAUGCUGAGGAAGAUUUUGGCACAGUAAAAUCCCAUGUCUUAGAAGUUCUGAGCAACAAAAUAGGUGGAGGAGUAGAGGAGAUGCUGCAGGUCAGUGAAGAGGUCUUUGAUAUUGCACUUGAGCCUCAAAGCUUUCAACCUAUAUAUGAAAACAAAUAAGACUUCAGCCAUUCCAACAAACGGAUGUAUUAUGAAUAGCUAAAAGAGUGUUGGACUACCAAGGAACCCCUGAAAGAGAAGGUAGAAGUCCAUACGCGAAUGAUGACCCACCACAACGGAGGUAAAGCUGCAUCCAUCCUGACUUCCAUUACCAAGCACACUUUUGCAGCUAGAGACCUUCUUCAGCUCUUUGAAUACAUUCACUUUAGUUGCAAUGCUAUUAUAUCGGUAUGUCUUUUAAGUACUUGUACCUCUUUGAAUACAAUUCUUGUUCCUUUUUAUGUCACAUUAUCGGAAGUUGGAGGUACGAUAAUGUAUACUAUAUAUUAUUUAUGUUUGAAUUAAGACAGAUUGUCCUUCCCUUUGCAUCAGAUAAGUUUAUUUUACACAGAGUAUCUGAGUUUAAUUUUCUUUACUCAAAUUGUAAUUUGUGGAUUGAACAGUAGUCUAACAUUUAUUUGUAUCAACAUAUAAUACCCUCACAUUACAUUCAACACAGGACAUAUUUACCCACUGCUCACCAAAAGAAUGCAAAGACAAACUGUGAUUAGAUAUACAGGUAUGUAGAUUUGUUCGGGAUCUUUCUGUGUUUUAUCAGUCUUCUGUCAGACAAUAAAUGUUUGCUCAAAUCAGCACAUGCCGGUAAUAACAUUUGCUCAGAGAUGUGUAGUGACUAGAAUUUUUAUCACAUUGCAUUUGCAUGAAUGAGAUCAUUCCUCUAAAUAUUGCCAUUGAUCUUCAUCAUCUUAUGGAAUUAUAUAGUUGAAUUACUAUAUGCAAAGUUAGCAAACUAUGCACUGUAAUGGUUAUUUGACACAGACCAAAAUACUGAUACAAAAUGCAUAUUUUAGUUGCAUCUGAAAGACAAAACUAUAUUUGUGUAUUAAUUUCUUUGCCUGUGAACAUAUAUGUAAAGCUAUUUUGUUAACAAGUCACAUAUACUGGCUUUGUUUGUCUAUAACUACAAAUAUAUUUGGUAAGUUUAAUUUCAGAUUUUAAAACUAUUGCAGAACAUAGCCUUAUUGAAUGCUUAUGCAAUGUAAUGAUGGCAGCUUGUUUUUACCCUUGCAAUAGUUUCAAUGUGUGUGUAUUGUUUUUCUUUUGACUUCUUGUAACAAAUUAUGUAAACCUGAUAACCUUUGUAGAAAUUAUAUAUUCCAGUUAAUGUAAUAUUAACUAAUAUCUAAAUGCAAAACAUAAGAGUUGCAUGAACAUUUUUAUAUUUCAAAGCUGUUAAUGAAAUAAAAUGCUAAUCUUUUUA